AUGAACUUUUUGGUUGAGGCUGAUGAGGUUUCAGAAUCAAAAAAAUUGGAAAAAAGUUAUUUUUUUCCAGGAUAUGAUGUACAAGUACCACAAAGAGUCGUUCGAAGUUCAAGUUGGCCUCCACGAACUUCUGGGCCACGGAAGUGGGAAAUUGUUCCAGAGGAACGCCGACGGCGCUUUCAACUUUGACAAAGAUUCGACCAAGGACAUCCUGACGGGUGGACCGGUGAGAAGUUUACCUGAAAAAGGCAGGAAUGAGAAAUACAGUUUGGUUGAGAUAGCAAAAACGCCCAAAAAAUAAGACGGGUUUUUGAAUUUCAUUAUAAUUUGCUGAGAAUCGCGCGAUGGCAUUCUUACCUGCGUAGAGUAGCGUCAGUUAGCCAAGGUGCCAUUGACCCCUUUUUGCGACUAUUUUUUCUAGCCUUUUCUUUCAUAAUCUUCGCUAUCAUCAGGUCUCUCGCUCUCCAAAAAUAAUCUUUGCUAGGUCUCGAAAUGGUACGAACCAGGAGAAACCUGGUCCUCAAAGUUCGGCGCCCUAGCAUCGGCCUACGAAGAAUGCCGAGCCGAAGCCGUAGGAUAUUUCCUCUGCUGCGACCAGGACAUUCUUGAGUUAGAGUGGCUUCUCAUGCAAAAUAAACAAAUCUUCUUUUCAGGAUUUUCGGCUACCAGGGCGACGUUGCCCAGGACGUGAAAUACACAAAUUGGCUGAACGAAAUCCGAGCCGGACUUUUGGCUCUCGAGUUUUACCAGCCCGACCAGCAGAAAUGGGGACAGGUAGAGAUGAAAAAGGGGAAACGACAACAAAGAAUGAAGGAAGAGUGAAAAAAAGGAGAUUUUAGAAGUCCGUAGAGGAAUCAAGAUUAAAAAAAUGAUUACGCUCGGAAGUCUUCCAAAUUCGCUUUAUAAAAACUUCAUUUUUCUAUAAUUGUUUUCUUCUUGAAGGCUCAUUGUUACGCUCGCUACGUCCUAACAAAAGUUGUCCUGGAGGCUGGACAAGGUUUCGUCACUAUAACGGAUACUACUGGCGAGGAUGGCAAACCAGGUAUUUUGUCUUUUCAGGAAUGAAAAUGUUGAACUGUUUUGAAGAUUUGAGCUUCAAGCUUGACCGAACUAAAAUUGACAGUGUUGGAAAGCCUGCCAUCGAAAAGUUCUUAGCCAAACUUCAGGUUUUUUUUUUUGGAUUUCUUAAGCUCAUUUUAGAACAUAUUUUCCAGGCUUACAAAUCAACAGGCGACUUUGAAGGAGGCAAGGCGAUGUUCGAGUCUUACGGCGUUGUUGGACAAAAGGUUGGUUUUUAGUGGAAAAAAAAAUAAAAGAUUUGGCUAGAAACGUUUAAUGGAGCCAAUAAUCUAACACAUUUUCGACGCAAGGAUUAUUAUGAAAUUUCUCAGUGAAAAUUUGAAAUGAAGUUUAAUCGUCAAAAAAAAGCGAGAAAAGCAGCUCUUCUAUUGUUUUGAUGACUUGCACUCUUUGUUAAAAGCUGAGGAAAAAGUGGAAAAAAUAAUUCAAAUUUUAAAUUCAUCUGUUCCAGUUUUUAGUUGGCCGUUUUUUUUCACUUCAUCAGAACCCCAUUUUUUUUGUAUACAGUCAACUACUCAAGUCUUAAAAACGUUUACUCUCAAGGAAAUCGGAUGGCGCAACAUUUGUGUGGCGCGAAGGAAGCCGAGAAGGAUUUUCGUCCAGCCCAACACUAUCGAAAACAAUGGAGGUUUAUUCCACAUUGAAAAAAAGUGAGAAAGAAACGCUUUUUUUUCUAGAAAUCGAGCUGAGAAACUACCCAAGCGACUUUGGAGGCGUCAUUCGUUCAUUCGUCGAACGUUAUGACGAGGAUGCGGUCCAGCACAUGUUGGAAUGCUGGAAAAACGACCGAAAAUGGUUCCCGCGGUGCUUCAACAAGUGCUCUGCUUAA